GCGCUGACCCCGGGCGAUGGGGAGCCUGCCCAGCCGCAAGAAGCAGCUCAGUGCCCCACCAGUGGCUGCUGGCACCACGCAGCCCCCGCAGGCAGACCCCAGCAGUGCCCUGGCCCUCUGUGACAUCCCCUCCAGCCCAGGGGUGGCCACUGUCCUGCGGAUGGGGGAGCAGCUCCGCAUCCUCUCUGAGGACGGGGAGUGAUGGCUGGUGGCAUCUGAGGUGUCUGGCAAGGAGUGCCACGUCCCCAGCAGCUGCGUGGCCAAAGUCAGGCACAGGUGGCUCUACAAAGGUAUCAGCAGGCAGAAGGCAGAGGAGCUGCUGCUCGGUCCGGGCAACCACAGCGGGUCCUUCAUGAUACGGGAGAGCCAGAGCAGGCGAGGCUGCUUCUCGCUGUCAGUGCGGCACAGCGAGCACGGCUCCUGGGACUCCGUGACUCACUACCGCAUCCACCACCUGGAGAACGGCUGGCUCUACAUCUCCCCUUGCCUCACCUUCCCCAGCCUGCAUGCCCUGGUGGACCACUACUCUGACCUGGGUGAGGGGCUGUGCUGCCUCCUCAGGGAGCCCUGCUCCACACAAGGGGGAAAGGGGGCCCCAGCCCCUGCCCUGCCCGCUGUCAUGAAUAAGCCAUCACUCAACUGGGACAAGAUUGACAGUUCGCUCCUGCUCUCGGAGGCCACGGCCGCAGCAGAGGACUCUCCCAUCAGCCUGGGCCUGCGGGAAGCUGUCAGCUCCUACCUCCUGCUGACAGAGGCCGCCCCUGAGCGGGGCUCCCCCAAGAAAGGGAUGAAGACCAGCUGA